UUCAGUUCAAUUUAGUAAAAAAAACACUUCUUCAAUCUAAAACGUAAAUUCUUCCUGUGCCCAAUUUUCCUAUGAGAAAGCUUUCAUCUUUGGCUUCUUGGGCUGCACCUCAAAUCCAAUAUGUUGCUGCAAAAAUUCAAAUCCCGAUUAAGCCCAGAAAUCCGUCCCCCACAAAACUGAAAUCCCCCAAAAAUAUCGUCCAAAAUCGCGUAGUUUCUGCAGCGGGUAAGCUUGAAUUCAAAGAUUCUAGUUCUGCUUCAAUUUCACCUCCCAAAUCUCACAUUUCAGAUCGUGACCAAAGGUUGAACUCUAGAGUUAUUGAUCACGGCUACUUGGCUGAAAUUCUGUCCAGAAAAGACUGGUUUUUGCUGCUAAAUCAUGAUUUUGAUGCUAACAGAGGUAAUUUGAAUGCAACAGUGGUGGUUAGCGUGUUGCAGAAUCAAGAAAAUGUUUUAUGCGCGUUGCGGUUCUAUGUUUGGAUUUCUAAGUUUAGUGCUUCUCUUGCUAAGAAUCAAAUGAUUCGUAGUGCUUUAGGCAAUGCCCUUUAUAGAAAAGGUCCAGUUCUGUUGUCUGCUGAUUUGAUACAUGACAUCCGAAACUCGGGUUGUCAAGUGAGUGAGGAGUUGCUUUGCGCGCUAAUUGGUAGUUGGGGAAGAUUGGGGUUGGCAAAGUACUGCUCUGAGGUUUUUGAGCAGGUUUCUUAUUUAGGGAUUACUCCCAACACGAGGUUGUAUAAUGCUGUGAUAGAUGGGCUUGUGAAGUCCAAUUCGCUCGAUUUGGCAUACCUCAAGUUUCAGCAGAUGCAGGUGGAUGGCUGUGUCCCGGAUAGAUAUACGUAUAACAUCCUCAUUCAUGGGGUCUGUAAGGCGGGUGUGGUGGAGGAGGCUCUUCGGCUGGUGAAACAGAUGGAGGCUUUCGGAUAUUCGCCUAAUGUGUUCACGUAUACCAUCUUGAUGGAUGGAUAUAUCAAGGCUAGAAGCAUAGAUGAGGCCUUUAGGCUUCUUGAGACGAUGAAGGCUAGGAAAGUUAGCCCAAAUGAAGCAACAUAUAGGUCACUGAUCAAUGGUGUUUUUAGUUCUGUUGCCCCGGUUGAAGCGUUUAGGUUGUUGUCAAGAUGGGUGGAUAGUGAGCUCGAUCUGCCUAAAGUGGUUUUUGAUAGUGUGAUAUAUCACCUCUGUGAUCAUUCUUUAGCAAAACAGGCAGCUGACUUUUUAAGGAAAGUUGAGGCUCGAGGUUAUGUUCCUAACAGCUCAAUAGCUAACAUUGCCAUGACUUGUUUGAUUAAAGGAUUAGAUGUUGAGGAAACAUGCCAGAUAUUUGAGCAUUUCAUUAAAAGAAGUGUGAAGGUUGAUUUAAGCACUGGUUUAGCACUUGUUGAAGCAUUGUACAAGUCAAUGAGAGAAGAGAAGGGCAAUCAAUAUAUAAGAUGGAUAUUCGAGGAAGGACUUGUCAACAGCGUGUUCUCGUAUAAUAUGGUGAUUGACUGCUUUUGCAAAGCUGAAAUGAUGAAUAGAGCAUUAGAAACUUUCGGGAUGAUGACGAAAAAAGGUGUUUUCCCUAAUGUAGCUACUUUUAAUACCCUUAUUACGGGGUAUUACAAGUUGAGGGAUGUAGAUAAGGCACGAGAAAUGCUACUGAUGCUCUUCGGGCAUGGUUUUAGACCAGACGUGUUCACUUUCAGUUCUAUGAUCGAUGGCCUCUGCCAGGUUAAUCGGACUGUUGAUGCUUUUGAUUGUUUCGAAGAGAUGUUGGAGUGGGGAGUCACUCCCAAUGCUGUCACAUAUAAUAGUCUAAUUCGUUCGUUGUGCUUAUCUGGGAAUGUUUCCAAAGCAAUGAGAUUGCUGAGAAAGAUGCAAAUUGAUGGAAUCCAACCUGAUAUGUAUACAUUUAAUGCUCUAAUAAAGAAGUAUUGUAGAGACCGUAAGAUCAAUAAGGCCCACAGGCUUCUGAAAAGCAUGCUGACACUGGGCUUGCCCCCUGAUAAUUUUACAUACGUUGCAUUUAUCAAUGUACUGUGCGAGUGUGAGAGGUUUCAUGAGGCGAAGGGUCUACUGACUUCGAUGGAGAUGAAUGGAUGUAAACCUGAUGCUUAUACAUGCAAUUCGUUUAUUGAUGCCCUGAUCAAGUCAGGGAGGUCUCAAGAAGCCAUGGACGUAUGGUCGAAAUAUAAAGAGAAGGGACUGAUUCUGAAACCUGUGCCUUCCGGAUCUGAUGUUUUGGUUGGUUGAUUGUUUCAGUAAAGAGAUGAACAGAUUUUCAUUGCUCCGUCAAGUGCUGGUAUAGACACCAACCAUCCGUUGUACAGUUCUUCUUGUAUGUGUAAUAUGUCUGUGGAUAGCCUCAGUUGCAUGGUUGAAGUUGAAAUAGAAGGGCUUGAUGCCAGUUCAAAAUGGCUCUCUGGGCAUUUAUGCCUGCAGGGAAUCUCUUGCGCUCGAUUAAUGAAAACAGAAUCAUGAAGGAUUCUGGUUGAAGCUCUAGCUCGUUUCUAGAUUGGAGAUGUUGCUGUUGGUCGAGAAGCUGUUGGCUUUGUCAUAUCAAUAUUUUGAAACUUCACGGUUUCGCCAAAAAUGUGUGUAUAUUACUGGUCUCUGGAACCUUCAUAUUUCUGAAUGUGUGGAAGUGUUGGAGUGUAUAUUUGUCACUCGAAAUUAGAUCAUUACUUGUACUACAAGCUUCUCGUGCAGGUUUGAUUUCUUGCCCUUCAACAAAGAAGUAUGUCAAAGUAGGUGUGAACUGCCCAACCAUCCUCUUAUAAAGGAACGGCGUAUGAUUAUCCCCACCUAGGUGCUGCGGGUGUGGUCGCGGACCAGUAUCUGCCCAAAGCAGAGCACGAUGGAGAGAUAGGGUUUUUCCCUCAAGCUGGAAUUAUAGGCACCGGUCCUUCCCGAAUCUUCG